ACUUCACAUAAAUGUCGUCGAGUGUUGUGGUCACUCAUUAAAUACAAGCCAGGUUAGGUGAAAGAUGAGAAAUUAACAACUCGCAUAACAUCAAGAACUAUGGAUGACCCAAGGUUUGAAUGGAUAAGGGAGAGGGUCAACCUUUCACUCGAUAUAAAAGAUUCCUCGGUUUUCGAGGACUUGUUGGAAAGAGAUGAUGGUUUGUGUGAAAGGGAACUUGCAAAGUUUUUGAACGAAACUCCAGAAGAAACUCAAUCAGCGAUUCUGUUCUACAAGAUUGUCCAAGAGGAAGAGGAGGAAAUUGAAGUAGAUUGUGAGCCAGAAAUACCUGACAUCAACCCAGAAGAGGGUAUAGAGGGUGACGAGAAUCAGGAAGAUGGCGAGGGUCAGGAUGGGGGAGACCAGAUGUCGACACACACACCUUCUGUGGCAGCUACCGAUGAUGAUGCUGGUAGUCAGAACAAAGAUAAGAAAAGGAAACAGGCUGGAGAUGCUGCUUCAGAAGCUGGCACUCAGGACGAAGAGACUAAACCAGUGGAGUCAGAUGGGACUGGACCUGAUGGGAUUGGGGAAGACGUCACACAGGACGCUCCUACCACGAAAAUCAUCAUUCAGAAGGUGCUAAGAACAUACUUGUACAUGUGUCACAAUCACCUCCCGGAGGAAGUGGCUGAGAAUGAUUGUGUGUAUUUCCUUAGAAACACUCCGGGCAUGGUGCCCCUCCCUAACAACCUGGCUGAGGCCAGUGAACAGCUGCCGGAGUAUCUGGAGAUGGGCUUGUUGAAUGGACAUUCCCUUGUCAUGCUGGAGCAGAUUAUAUCCCAGGUGUACAUGCCACUGUUGUCAUUUAACCAACAUAAACAAGAGGAAGCUUCACAUCUUGCUAAACCUGUUGAGGACAGGGCUCCGAGUCGGGUGGAUGUAUCUGUGGAUGAGAUGGAAGAAAGUGUGACAACAGCCAAGAGAGAGGCAGCAGAAUCGCAUGCAAAAGCGAUGCUCAGAGAUGAAUUCCUGAUCAACAUGCAAAAGUUUGCCUCCAGCAUAAACCGCACCAUUCAGCAGAUAGCUGGGGAAGUGCGACUGGAGGUACCCGACAUUGAGCUGGGGUCAAAUGUGGAUGAAAUCCUGUCCAAUCCAGAAAUGAUGGAGGUGGUACGUAACUACUGCACAGAGUGGACUAAACAGAUUCAAAUCGCCCUUGAAGCUCAGGUGAAAAAAGUUCCACAGGGUCAGGGCCCCUUGGCUGAGAUCGACUUCUGGCGAGAGAGAAAUGCUUCCCUAAGUGCUCUCAUAGAGCAGCUAAAAAUUCCCAAAGUGGCACAAAUGCUGGAGGUCUUCAAGCAGGUCGAAAAUGAUUUUGAGGAUACCAGAGGUGAAUUGAACAAAUAUUACGUGGAAGCCAAAGACAACGUUCGCUUCUUGUCAACUCUUGAAAGACAUUUCAAGAACAUUGCUCAUGGUGCUACUUUCCAGGUUGUCAUAGAAACCAUUCCAUCCAUGAUGAAUGCAUUGCGGAUGGUGUGGAUUAUUUCACGUCACUACAACAAAGAUGAACGAAUGAUUCCCCUCAUGGAGAGGAUUGCAUGGGAACUUGCACAGAGAGUUCAGCGAGUCAUUAAUGUCCGAGAAUUGUACCAAAGUGGUCCUCAUGAAGUCAAGAGGAAAACAAAAGAGGCCAAACACAUGUUAAAUGUAUGGAAAGAAUCCUACCUGGAUGUGAGAGCAAAGAUUGAGGCUUCUGGAAGGGAUGCCAGGUGGGAGUUUGACAGAAAGAAGCUGUUUGAGAGAACAGAAUACAUGGGGAACAUUUGCCAGGAUCUGUACAAUGUUGCUCAGGUCUUGGAAGAGUUUUACAACAUUUUUGGACCAGAAUUGAAAGCUGUUACUGGGGAUCCCAAAAGGAUUGAAGAUGUGUUGAAGAGAGUUGAUGCUUUAGUCAAACCCAUAGAAGAGGUGACAUUUGAGCCGUUCAAACUUCAAAACCUGCCGAGUUGGAAGAAUGUCAUGGUAGGAUUUGAGCGUGAAGUUCAAGCCAUUGAGGGAGAAGCCAAGAUGUUUAUUGAUGAGUCAUUUAAAACCCUUCGAUCAGCAGAGGGAGCGUUUGACAUGCUGCUAAACUUCAAACACAUCCGCUCAAGGGAGGCAAUCAAUGCUCAGAUGAUGAGAAAAUUCAGUGACAUUCUGGUGCAAUAUGGCAAAGAGGUGGAUACAAUGGACAACCUGUUCAAGCAGUACAAGGAUAACCCUCCACUGCACAAGAACCACCCCCCUGUCUCUGGUUCUAUAUACUGGGAGCGCUCACUGUUCCAUCGCAUUAAACACACCAUCAUCCGCUUCCAGAACAUGGAGGAUAUGAUGACAAGUGAGAUGGGAAAAAGUGUUCGAGCCAAGUAUCUGAGCGUAGGAAAACAGAUGAAGCAGUAUGAAGAGGAAAAAUAUGAACUAUGGCGGCAGCAUGUGGAGCAGAUCUUACCAUCAUUGCUGAAAAGAAACCUACUCAUCAAACCAUCUGAUAAACUAGCACAACAACAACACCUCCAACAGCAUCAUCAGGUACCACCUGCAACUUCACUGGAGGGACAGCAGCCCCCGUCCUCCUCUGAUGACCAUGAAGGAGAGCUAGAGUCUGUCUCACAAGUUAUGCCUGGACCUGAAUACUCAGUUCGCUUCUCACGCAGAGAGAAAGGCCCACAGACAGCUGUAAAGUAUGUGGUUGACUUUGAUCCCCAACUGAAAGAGAUCAUCUCUGAAACAAGACAUUUUGAACAGCUGGGUUUCUCUGUACCAGAACUUGCCAGGAAUGUUGCCUUGCAGGAAGAAAAGUUUAUCUGCUACGUUGAGUCUUUGAGACUUAUGCUUAAGAAAUAUCACCAUUUGUUGGGAUCAUUGGACAAUGCAGAGGCCCAGUUACUGGAGGAUCAAAUGAGGGAGUUGAGAAGAGUGAUCAGACCAGGGUCUAAACGUCUCAACUGGAACUCUUUGGGUAUCAGUGACUUCUGCACCAAGUGUGAUACAGCUAUUUCAAAGUUUGAAUCCCUAGUCAACCAGAUUCAGAAGAAUGCCAAAGAUAUAAACCAGAGAUUACAAAUGCUGGAGUCUGCUGAUCUCUUUAAAUGGCCUAUUUACAUGCCAAAGUGUCCAGACAAGCUCCCCACCUGCAAGGACUUCUUUGAAACCAUUGAGAAGGAAAGAGCCAAAGAUUUUGAAAUUCUUGCCAGAAAAUAUCGUGCCAUUGGACCACUGCUUACAAAAAUGGAGGGUCUAGUCGUUCACACUAACACGGGCAAAUCUCCCAAGCUGCACAACUAUUACUCAUACUGGGAGAAAAAGGUCUACGAGGCUUUGACAAAGCUGAUCCUGACAAAUUUGCGGGCGUUCAAUGAUGCAGUUGCAGGGUCCAAGCCCCUGUUCCAGGUGGAGACUUUACUGGCUGCUCCAGAUGUGGUACUUCAUCCACAAGCCAACGAUGUCUACAAGUUAACAUUACAGUGUGUCAGAGACUGUGUUGAGGGGACAAAGCUGUUUGUGCGUUGGUUGAGUGGAUCGUGUAUUGAAGCGCUGCCACAGAAAGUGGAUGGAGAGGAUGAGCCGUUUGUGUUCAGCUUCUUUAUGGAUCUCUCAGCCAAUCAGGACAUCAUUGAACUGGUGCAGAUGAUACAGGUUAACAUGAAGAACACACUUACGAACCUGCAGCGAUACCUGAACAGGUGGAAGAAGUACCGCAGUAUAUGGAAAGUCGACAAGGAUGCGAUAGCAGAUAGAUGGUUUCAAAAGGGGCCAAGUGUUGUGGCAUUUGAUGACAAGCUGCAGUAUUACUACAAGACAACUGACGAGGUCAAGGCUCUUCCCACCGAGAAAAAUCAGGAGUGUAUCAAACUGAACAUGACUCAGUUAUCAGCAGCUGUUCAGCAACAUGCUGAGAAGUGGAUACAAAAACUGGGAGACAUUCUCAGCACUUCUGCAAUCGAGAGUCUAACAUCACUAAAUGAGGAGCUGGAGAGCAAGUCUAAAGACCUUGACAGGUAUCCAACAACAUUAGAUGAAUUGAAGUUUGUGCUGAAAACGAUCUCAGACAUUAAGCUUGUGUCCUUGGACAUUGAAACGCGGAUCCGAGAUAUGCAGGAAAGAUUCCGUACACUGGGCAUGUACGAUCUUCCAGUUUCAGAUGCUGACAAGCAACUGUGUGAAGUAAUGCCCCAAAAAUGGGAUGACCUAGUACUGAAGUCCAAACAGACUGACGCCAGACUCGCAACUGUGAAGAAAAAGUUUACAGAUAUAACACAAGAUCAGAUCAAAGAUUUCAGCAAAGAGGUGCAGGAGUUUGCUGAGAAAUUCCAUCUUUACGGCCCUGGCAGUGUUGGCUCUGAUUUAGAGAAAGGGUUGGAAUUAUUGAAGGAGUAUCGCAAAACUGUUGAGAAGUUCGAAACAGAUCGUCAAGAGCUGGCAAAUGCCGAGAAGCUUUUCGACUUGCCAAUCACAAUGUAUCCAGAGCUACUUCAGGUGCAGAAGGAGAUGAAAGGACUGGAACAAAUCUACGCACUAUAUGAAGAGCAGAAGGCUGCCCGUGAGUCCUGGGCCGAGACACUGUGGUCAAACCUCAACAUUCAAGUCCUGCAGGAAGGAAUUGACGGCUUGUUGAAGAGCCUGAGAAAAAUGCCAAAGGAGGUCAAGAACAUGCCUGUGGGACGAACGCUGGAUGAGAAGAUGAAAGAAUUCAGAGAUGCCCUGCCUCUGUUUGUUGACCUCAAACAUGAAGCCUUACGAGAGCGCCAUUGGAAGCAGUUAAUGGAAAACACGGGUCAGAAGUUUGACAUCAACCCAGAAACGUUUACCCUGGCAAAUGUGUUCUCCAUGGAGCUGCAUCGCUUCCAAGACACCAUUGCAGAAAUUGUGACCAGUGCCAGCAAAGAGAUGGGCAUUGAAAAGGGAGUUAAAGAAGUGGAGGAGACUUGGAACAACAUGAAGUUUUCCGUGACUAGUUACAUGAAGGGCACAUCCAACCGAGGCUACAUCCUGGGAGCAGUGGAUGAAGUCCUGCAGAAUCUAGAUGACAGUGCUAUGAAUCUCCAGAGCAUGUCAGCAUCUCGUUUCAUUGGUCCAUUCCUCAACCAAGUCCAGAACUGGGAAAAAAGCCUGUCACUCAUUUCAGAAGUCUUAGAUGUGUGGAUGGUUGUGCAGAGAAAGUGGAUGUACUUGGAGGGUAUCUUUAUCGGAGGUGACAUCCGAUCACAGCUUCCAGAGGAGGCCAAAAAGUUUGACCAGAUUGACAAAACAUUCAAAAAGAUCAUGAAUGAAACUCAGAAACAACCCAUCAUCAAGAUUGCCUGCCAUGCAGCCAAUCGUCUGUCAGAUAUGCAAAACCUGAGCACAGGAUUGGAGAAGUGCCAGAAGUCCCUGAAUGAUUACCUGGAUUCCAAGAGAAAUGCCUUCCCAAGGUUCUUCUUUAUCUCUGAUGAUGAACUGCUCAGUAUCCUGGGUAGUAGUGAUCCAGAGUGUGUGCAGGAACAUAUGAUCAAGAUGUUUGACAACAUCUCCAAGCUGAGAUUCACAAAGGGGCCAAACAGCGAGAUUCUGGCAGGGGCAAUGAUCUCCUCAGAAGGGGAGGUAAUGGACUAUCGCACAGUUGUGCCAGCAGAGGGCCGCGUUGAGGACUGGAUGACAGCUGUCCUGGAGGAGAUGAGGCGCACUAACAGACUUAUCACCAAAGAGGCCAUCUUCUUCUACUGUGCCAACAACAAACCGAGGGUGAAGUGGAUGUUUGACUACCAGGGUAUGGUGGUGCUGGCGGCCAAUCAGGUUUGGUGGACGUGGGAGGUGGAGGAUGUGUUCAGAAAGGUGAAGCGUGGUGCCAAGACAGCCAUGAAGGACUACGCCAGAACACAGCACCAGCAAAUAGACGACCUUGUGGUGCAGAUCCGAUCUCCUUUGUCCAAGAAUGACCGUUCCAAGUUCAACUCAGUGCUGAUUAUUGAUGUCCAUGCCAGAGACAUCAUUGAUGGAUUUGUGAGAGACAGUAUUUUGGAGGCACGUGAGUUUGAGUGGGAGAGUCAGCUGAGGUUCUACUGGGAGAAGGAGCCUGAUAAUCUGACAGUGUCUCAGUGUACUGGUCACUUUGACUAUGGCUAUGAGUACAUGGGGCUGAAUGGGCGUCUGGUCAUCACACCUUUGACUGACCGUAUUUACCUCACUCUGACACAAGCUCUAUCCAUGAACCUGGGAGGAGCUCCGGCUGGACCUGCUGGUACUGGUAAGACAGAAACCACAAAGGACUUGGCUAAGGCCCUGGGGCUACUCUGUGUGGUGACAAACUGUGGGGAAGGCAUGGACUUCAAGGCGGUGGGCAAGAUUUACUCUGGUCUCUGCCAGUGUGGGGCCUGGGGCUGCUUUGACGAGUUUAACAGGAUUGACGUAUCUGUGCUGUCUGUCAUUUCUACACAGCUCAAGACCAUACAGAACGCUCUCAUACUCAAGCUCAAGAGAUUUCAUUUUGAGGGUCAGGAGAUCAGCUUGGAUUUACGUGUGGGUAUCUUCAUUACUAUGAACCCGGGAUAUGCUGGCCGUACAGAGCUGCCGGAGUCUGUAAAGGCUCUGUUCAGGCCUGUGGUUGUCAUUGUGCCGGAUCUACAGCAGAUCUGUGAGAUCAUGUUGUUUUCUGAGGGAUUCCUCAUGGCAAAGGUUCUAGCCAAGAAGAUGACUGUGUUGUACAAGCUGGCUCGUGAGCAGCUGUCCAAACAGUACCACUAUGACUUUGGUCUGAGGGCCCUCAAGUCUGUCUUGGUCAUGGCGGGUGAGCUGAAGAGAGGAGCUGCAGAGUUACCCGAGGACGUUGUUCUAAUGAGAGCCCUGAGAGACAUGAACCUGCCCAAGUUUGUGUUUGAGGAUGUUCCCCUCUUCCUGGGCCUGAUCGGCGACUUGUUCCCAGGACUAGAUUGUCCCAGGGUUAGGUACCCAAACUUUAAUGAUGCUGUGGAAGCUGUACUGGUAGACAACAAUAACAUCUUGCUACCACAACAGGCUGACAAAGUAGUACAGAUGUAUGAGACAAUGUUGACACGACACACCACCAUGAUCGUUGGUCCCACUGGAGGAGGUAAAACUGUGGUCAUCAACACACUGGCACAGGCGCAGACCAGGCUGGGAAUUGCCACUAAAAUGUGGACUUUGAAUCCCAAAGAUCGCAGCGUGAUAGAACUAUAUGGUAUCCUGGACCCAGUGACCAGAGACUGGACUGACGGACUCCUGUCCAACAUCUUCCGUGAGAUCAACAAACCCACAGACAAAAACGAGAAGAAGUACAUCGUGUUUGACGGUGAUGUGGACGCCCUGUGGGUAGAGAACAUGAACUCUGUGAUGGAUGACAAUCGUCUGCUGACCCUGGCAAAUGGAGAACGUAUCAGACUACAGAAACACUGCGCUCUCCUUUUUGAGGUGGGUGACUUACAGUAUGCUUCACCAGCCACUGUCUCCCGCUGUGGUAUGGUCUACGUGGACCCAAAAAACCUGGGCUAUGAACCAUACUGGUAUAAGUGGCUGAGCCUCAGACCGAGUAAGGUAGAGAGGGAGCUGCUUCAGGAGCUGUACAAGAAGUACGUACCCUGUCUGAUUGACAUGGUGAUAGAGGGUGUGGUGGAUGGUAGACAGGUGGAGAAACUCCGGACAAUCCUACCUCUGACCAAUCUUAACCUGCUCACUCAACUCUGCUGCAUGCUGGAUGCUCAGCUGGUGAGAGAGGUUACAGACAGUGCUGAGCUAGAGGCCUACUUCAUCCAAGCUCUCACUUGGUCAAUAGGGGGCGCUCUGCUGGAAGACGGACGGGUUAAGUUUGACACCCAGGUCAAAUAUCUGGCCUCUUUACCGCCUGUCACAGAGGAGGAUAAAUUAGCCGGACCAGGUGAAAUGCCUUCCGUGGAACCCACACUGUAUGAGUAUUUUUGGGAUGUGAACAAAAAAAAAUGGAUGCCUUGGUCAAAACUUGUACCCAAGUAUGUCCACAAUCCCGAAAUGAAGUUCAACGAGAUUCUGGUGCCUACUGUGGACACCGUGCGCACCACGUGGCUGCUACAGCUGAUGGUGAAGAUCAGGCGACCGGUGGUGCUGGUUGGGGAAACUGGUACAUCAAAGACGGCAACCACACAGAACUUCCUCAGAACACUAGAUCAGGAGUCACAUUUGCUGCUGAACGUGAACUUCUCCAGCAGAACCACGUCCCUGGAUGUCCAGCGUAACCUGGAGGCCAAUGUAGAGAAGCGCACUAAGGACACAUAUGGGCCGCCACCAGGCCGGAGACUUCUCAUCUUCAUUGAUGAUCUCAACAUGCCACAGGUUGACACAUAUGGCACCCAGCAGCCCAUCGCGUUGCUCAAACUCCUCCUGGAAAGAGGGGGUCUGUAUGACCGAGGCAAGGACCUCAACUGGAAGAACCUCAAGGACAUGGGUUACAUUGCAGCCAUGGGUAAAGCCGGAGGUGGCAGGAACGAGGUGGACCCCAGAUUUAUAUCUCUUUUCUGCGCCUUCAACAUGACAUUCCCAUCUGAUGAGUCGCUAUUCAAAAUUUACAGCUCGAUUCUGGCCGGUCAUACACAGCCCUUCCCAAAGGAGGUGCAGGAACUUGUGCCUGUGCUCACUCGCAUGACCAUGUCACUCUACACAACCAUUGUUAAAGAACUUCCACCAACUCCAUCCAAGUUCCACUACAUCUUCAACCUGCGAGAUUUGUCUCGUAUCUACAACGGCCUCUGCUUGACCACGAUGGACAGGUUUGAGAAAACUGACCACUUUGUGAGAGUGUGGAGGAAUGAGUGCUGCCGCGUGAUAGGAGACAGGCUGAUCAACGAACAAGACAAGCAACUUGUCCAGGCAAACAUUAAGAUGCUCUUAGAAGAGAAUUUCAAGUCUUCUGUGGAGUACUGUAUGAGAGAUCCUAUCCUAUUUGGUGACUACAGAACAGCUCUGGACGAGUCAGAACCUAGACUGUACGAGGACAUACAGGAUUAUGAUGCCGCUAAAGCACUUUUCCAGGAAAUUCUGGAAGAGUACAACGAAACCAACACCCCAAUGAACCUGGUGCUUUUUGACGAUGCUCUAGAGCAUCUGACACGAAUCCACCGUGUGAUCCGCAUGGACCAGGGCCAUGCUCUCCUGGUGGGUGUCGGGGGUAGUGGCAAGCAGAGCCUGUGUAAACUGGCAUCCUACACGGCGCAGUGCGAGGUAUUCCAGAUCACACUCAGUAGGGGAUACUCAGAGUCCUCCUUCAGAGAUGACCUCAAAAUCUUAUAUAACAAGCUCGGCAUGGAGAAUAAGAAGAUGGUGUUCCUAUUCACAGAUCAGCAUGUUGUGGAAGAUGGUUUCCUGGAGUUGAUCAACAACAUGUUGACAUCUGGCAUGGUGCCAGCUCUCUAUGCUGAUGAUGAGAAGGAGGCAAUCAUUGGAUCUGUCCGGAAUGAAGCAAUGGCGGCUGGGUGUGGUCAUGCCAGAGAAACCAUCUGGCAGUACUUUGUAACCAAAUGUUCCAACAAUCUGCACAUUGUACUGGCCAUGUCACCUGUCGGGGACGUCCUGAGAACAAGGUGCCGUAACUUCCCAGGUCUUGUGAACAAUGCCAGUAUUGACUGGUUCUUCCCCUGGCCAGAACAGGCUCUGUACGCUGUGGCCAGCGUCUUCAUCUCCCCUGAUAACCAGCUAAUUCCCGAGGAUCACCGCCAGAGUGUAGUCAGUCACAUUGUCCUGGUUCACCAGAGUGUCGGACAGUAUAGUAAGAAGUUCCAGCGCAGGCUGCGCCGAAACAACUACGUCACCCCCAAGAACUACUUAGACUUCAUCAACACCUACGUCAAUCUGCUGGAUGAGAAAGACAAGUAUAUUCUGUCUCAGUGUGAUCGUUUAGCCGGCGGUCUACAGAAGAUCCAUGAAGCCAGCGAGAUGUUGGCGGUCCUCAAUGAGAAGCUGGCUGUACAGAAAGUGGCUGUGACGGAGAAGACGGAAGCCUGCGAAAUUCUGCUGGAGGAGAUCGCUUCAGGCACGGCUCAGGCCACCGAGAAGAAACAGUUGGCUAUCACCAAACAGAAGGACAUAGAAGUGCAGAGUAAAAUCAUCAUUGUAGAGAAGAAAGAAGCAGAGGAUGCACUGGCUGAAGCCCUGCCAGCUCUGGAGGCAGCCAGGCUAGCCCUGGAAGACCUGGACAAGUCAGAUGUCACAGAAAUCAGAUCCUUUGCCAAGCCUCCCAAGGCUGUGCAGACAGUGUGCGAGUGUAUUGUGGUGAUGAAGGGUAUCAAAGAAGUCUCGUGGAAGUCUGCUAAGGGCAUGAUGGCAGAAACCAACUUCCUCAGGAGUCUGACUGAAAUGGACGUGGACAAUAUCAGUGGCAAACAAGUCUCUACUGUUAAAGGUUUACUGAAUCAGAUGGAGACGUCCCCAGAGGAGAUGAGAUCUGUGAGUAAGGCUGGUGCUGGGUUGCUCAAGUUUGUGGAGGCUGUGAUGGGCUACUGUGCUGUAGCCAGGGAAAUUAAACCCAAGAGAGAGAAGGUGGCUAAGCUAGAGAGGACAUUCUACCAGGCCAAACGUGAACUGGACAAGAUCAGUAACGAGGUGGCUUCACUGGAGAAUGACCUCAAACAGCUGGGGGAGAAGUACGAGAGUGCCAUGUCAGAGAAGAUGAAGUUACAAGAGGAGGCAGAGAUCAUGGAGAGGCGACUUGUCGCUGCAGACAAACUCAUCUCUGGUCUCAGCUCAGAAAGACUCCGAUGGACCUCUGAUCUGGAAGUGCUGAAAGAGAAGCGAGUGCGUCUUUUGGGCGACUGCCUGGUAAGCUCUGCCUUCCUGAGCUAUGUGGGUGCCUUCAGCUGGGAGUUCCGAGUGGACAUGGUCUACACCGAUUGGGUGGCAGAUCUGGAGAGUAGGGAGGUGCCAAUCAGCAAUCCCUUCAAGCUGGAAGAACUUCUGACCAAUGACGUCGAAGUCAGCCGCUGGACUUCUGAAGGCUUGCCACCAGAUGAGUUGUCCAUCCAGAACGGAAUCCUCACCACCCAGGCCAGUCGCUUCCCACUCUGUAUCGACCCUCAACAACAGGCUCUCAAGUGGAUCAAAAAGAAAGAGGAGGCCAACAACCUCAAGGUGUGCACCUUCAAUGACCCAGACUUCCUGAAGCAGUUAGAACUGGCAAUCAAAUAUGGAUUCCCCUUCCUCUUCCAAGAUGUGGAUGAAUACAUUGACCCAGUCAUUGACAACGUCCUGGAGAAGAACAUCAAAGGUGGUCAAGGAAGAGAGUUUGUUAUGUUGGGAGACAAAGAAGUGGAUUUUGAUCCCAGUUUUAGACUGUACCUCAACACAAAACUGGCUAAUCCUAAAUAUGGCCCCAACAUCUUCGGUAAAUCCAUGGUGAUCAACUACACAGUCACACUCAAGGGGCUGGAAGAUCAGCUGUUGUCUGUGAUUGUCAAGUUUGAGAGAAAGGAGCUAGAAGAGCAGAGAGAGAGACUAAUUCAGGAAACAAGUGAGAACAAAAAGCUGUUGAAGGACCUGGAAGAUUCUCUGUUGAGAGAGUUGGCUCAGACCCAGGGGAACAUGUUAGACAAUGUAGAGCUGGUUCAGACUCUGGAAGACACCAAGACCAAAGCCACAGAGGUGGCAGAAAAGCUGAAACUCGGUGCAAAGACUGCGAUAGACAUUGACAAGCUGCGUGAUGGCUACCGUCCUGCGGCCAAGCGUGGAGCAAUCCUGUUCUUUGUGUUAGCGGAGAUGUCCUCCAUCAACACCAUGUACCAGUACUCACUAUCCUCCUACCUGGAGGUGUUUGAGUUCUCGCUGAAGAAGAGUCUGCCAGACAGCAUCCUCCAGAAACGGCUUAAGAACAUCAUGGACACGCUUACGCACAAUGUCUACAACUACGGCUGCACAGGUAUAUUUGAGAAGCACAAGCUGCUUUUCUCCUUCCAAAUCACCAUAAAACUGGAACAAGAUCAGUCAAAAGUGACACAGGAAGAACUGGAUUUCUUCAUCAAGGGUAACAUUGCUCUGGAGAAGAGCAAACGUAAGAAGCCUCACAGCUGGUUACCAGACGAGGGAUGGGAAGACAUCAUCAGAUUGGUGGAGAUUGCACCAGACCAGUUCUCUUCUCUCCUCGAUGACAUCGAGCGCAAUGAGAAAGUUUGGAAAGAGUGGUUUGAUCAUGACACACCAGAGUCUCAGCAGUUCCCCAUGAAGUACGAGAAAAGCCUGACAGCAUUCCAACGCCUCAUGCUGCUGCGAUGCUUCCGUGUGGAUCGUAUCUACCGUGCAGUCACCGUCUAUGUCAUCAGCAUCAUGGGGGAGAAGUAUGUCACGCCACCAAUCAUCAGCUUUGAGGCCAUCUUUGAGCAGAGCACCCCUGUGUCACCGAUCGUGUUCAUUCUCAGCCCGGGGUCUGAUCCAGCCAGCGACCUGAUGAAGUUAGCGGAAAGGACAGGAUUUGGUACAAACAAGCUGAAGUACCUGUCCAUGGGGCAGGGACAAGAGAAGGUUGCCAUACAGCUGCUAGAGACAGCGAUUGCCCGCGGACAGUGGCUCAUGUUGCAGAACUGUCAUUUACUGGUCAGCUGGCUCAAGCACUUAGAGAAAGAACUGGAGAAACUCACCAAACCCCACCCUGACUUCCGUCUCUGGCUUACCACAGAGCCCACCCCUAACUUCCCCAUCGGUAUUCUUCAGAGGUCACUCAAGGUCGUUACCGAGCCACCCAAUGGGCUCAAGCUCAACUUACGUAGCACAUAUUUUCGCAUCACUAGUACCGCGCUGGCGGAAUGCCCUCACAAUGCUUUCCCCUCUCUCAUCUUUGUUCUGGCCUUUUUCCACGCUGUCGUCCAGGAGCGAAGAAAGUAUGGGAAAAUUGGCUGGAAUAUUCCAUACGAUUUUAACGAGUCUGACUUUCAGGUGUGUGAACAGAUCCUAAACACAUACCUGACGAAAGCAGCAGAGCAAGGCGAGGCCAAGAUCCCCUGGAACAGCCUCAAGUAUCUGAUUGGAGAGGUGAUGUAUGGAGGCCGUGCUAUUGACGACUUUGACCGACGCGUGCUGAGAACGUACAUGGAUGAGUACAUGGGAGACUUUAUCUUUGACACGUUCCAGCCAUUCCACUUCUACCACAACGAUGAGGUGGACUACAGAAUCCCCGAGGAGGGAGCCAGGGAUGUCUAUGUGGACUACAUAGAGAGCCUGCCCUUAGCAAACACCCCUGAGGUGUUUGGUCUGCACCCUAAUGCUGAGAUCGGCUACUACACGCUGGCUGCCCGUGACAUGUGGAGCCAUCUGGUGGAGCUACAGCCACAAACAGGGGACAGUGGGGGUGGCAUCAGUCGAGAAGAUUUCAUUGACAAGAUCGCCUCCGACGUCCUGAAUCGUCUGCCACCAGGACUCGAGCUGGACAAGAUCAAGAAAAAGUUUGGUGUUGACAUUACCCCAACUACGGUGGUGUUGUUGCAGGAAUUAGAGCGCUUCAUAAAGCUGAUCACUCGAAUGAAGAGGUCCUUAACCACUCUCAAGCGGGCUCUAGCUGGAGAGGUGGGCAUGAGCAGUGAGCUGGACGAAGUGGCCAGAGCACUGUUUAAUGGUCAGAUCCCUGCUAUAUGGAGACGUCUGGCCCCGGAGACCCUCAAGUCACUGGCUAACUGGAUGAUCCACUUUGAAAAGAGGAAUGCUCAGUAUACCAAAUGGAUCAGUGAAGGAGAACCAGCCGUGAUGUGGUUAUCAGGCCUGCACAUCCCCGAAUCUUACUUGACUGCUCUGGUGCAGGCCACGUGCCGUAAGAAUGGCUGGCCUUUGGACAAGUCAACCCUGUACACCUCUGUGACUCAAUAUGCCACGCCCGACGACGUCACAGAGCGCGCUCAUCAGGGAUGCUUUGUUCAUGGCCUAUACCUGGAGGGAGCAGCCUGGGAUAAACAGGACAUGUGUCUGAUCCGCCAGAAGCCCAAACAGUUGAUCCAGCAGUUACCGGUACUCAAGAUCAUACCCAUAGAAGCUCACAGGCUCAAACUUCAGAACACAUUCCGUACCCCGGUGUAUGUGACAUCACAGAGGAGGAACGCUAUGGGAGUAGGUCUUGUGUUUGAAGCUGACCUGGCUACCACAGAGCACAUCAGUCAUUGGGUGUUACAGGGAGUCUGCCUCAUUCUCAACACAGACUGAACAAC